GACGACGCUAACCAGAGCAGGCAACGAGCAGCGGAGCUGGAGCGGAGUCGGAGGCAGGGCGCACGGCAGUCCAGAGGAGGGCCGGCGACGAGAGUUUGUAGGCGCGGCCGGCGGCGCCUGAGCGCAGAUCGCCACCUCCGGCGGCUUAGCCAAUCCGGCGAUGAACAAGCGAGCGAGGACAUCCGGGCCGGAGGCGCGAACCACCAUGGUGGCUUCCGCCGUCCUCAAACUCAGCGUGGACUACGAGCAAAGCCAGGAGCUCCCCAUCGGCAAGGCCGUCUACUCCGACACCGUCUCCGUCAGCCAAGACAACCUCUGGAGGGUGGAGUGCUUCCUCCGCGGGGAGAAGGUCGCCGACGGGGGCAAGUACAUUUCAGUCUUCCUCAGGCACAUGGGCGAAUCCACAAGUGUCAUGCCUGUCUUCGAGGUUUGCUUGAUGGACAGGAGCGGCAGGCCGUCAAUGCGCCAAAGAAAGACCACUCUUCGUGACUGCGAGACCAUGGCGGAUGAUGGGAAUGGGCGCACCUGGGGAUGGACUCAGUUCAUCGCAGCAACUCUGGCCGAGAGAAAUUACACGACGGCUGACGGGCACAUUACGUUUGUGUGCUCCAUCAUGGUCAUCGAUGACAGCUCCACUCCCGUGCCGCCUUCAGACAUAGGGGCCCAUCUCGGCCAAUUGCUAGAUCAUGCCGAGGGGACAGAUGUGUCAUUCAUCGUCGAGGGCCAGAUGUUCCACGCUCACCGAGCGGUGCUAGCCGCUCGUUCGUCGGUCUUCAGGGCGGAGCUCUUCGGCUCCAUGUCCGAGGCUACAAUGCCAUCCAUCACGCUGCAGGACAUCGCACCUGCGACAUUUGAAGUUAUGCUUAGGUACAUGUACACGGAUGCCUUGCCUUCCGAUAACAUGCCUGGGGCCUGUCCCAUUAACACGCUUCAGCAUCUGCUUGCUGCGGCCGACCGGUAUGCACUUGACAGGCUAAAGAUUAUUUGCGCACACAAGUUAUGGGAGGAGGUGUCCAUAGAAACAGCCACAACUAUCUUAGCUUGUGCCGAAACCUACAACUGUGCAGAGUUGAAGAGCAAGUGCAUCGACUUCAUCGUGCUGGGGAAAAAUUUGAAAGAGGUCAUAUUCACUGAGAGUUAUGGGUCGUUGCUUGUGAAGUUCCCAUCCGUUGCUGCUGAGCUCAGAGAGAGGCUACAUGACAGGAUUUAUGCGUAUGGAAAUGGAAUAGGGGCUACAGAAGACUGAGGAUCAGACUGUGCUAGAGCAAGGGGCGGUGAUGCUGAAGAACAACGCUUCCUACCUGAUGAGAAUUUGUGUGGCGGUACAAGGUGGUGCUUCGUCGGCUGCUUGUUAGGAGGGCUGUCAAAGAGUGGCUCUGUCGUUUUAUUCCCAGUUAGACCUGAACGGUUGUAUCUCCUGAGUGAGCGAGCAUUUUGUGUUUUGAUAGGAUAGUAUCUUUGUGUCGUAGGGUUUUUCCCCAUAGUGGAUGUUUCGAUACCGAGCAUCCAUAGCGGGUUUCCAGGCCGUGCACGUACUUGCCCUUUCCCUUUUCUUGCUUCCUGAACCUUAUCAGCAACAACUUUGUAUUUCCGUUAUGAAUAUAAUGGAAAGGGGAAUAGCCCGGUUCAACAA